AAAGUAAUAAAACGCAUAAAAAAUUGGAGAACGAGAAAGGAAGUUGUGCUCACGCGCGUGUCUUCUAAGCACGAAAACCACGAUAAAAGUCCGGCGUCCUGGCAUAAGACGCCAUGAAUGCGCAAAUAUUGCGCAAAUGGAGUCCAUUCAAAUCAUUAAUGUACCUGUGGCUAAUUUUUUUAGUUGUAUUUUCGAUAAUUUGGUGUCCAGGUGCGUUUGCGAUGCACCUAACGCCGCCGUCUCCGCCGCAAUCCGUCAGCAACUUGACAGCAGCACGCAGCUAUUCAAGCGAAAACGGUGGCGUACUCAACUAUAGUAGCAAUAGAAGUAGAAAUAGUAGUUCAAGUAGUAAUAAGUCGUCGUCGUCGUCGUCGCCUAGUCGUAGUAGUGAGUUAGACCAAAAAUUAUUGACAACACAUUUACACCAAAUUACCAAUAGCAGCAGCAGCAACUAUGCCGCCUACAGUUCGUGGCUGAACGAAAACAACAACAAACGCGAAACAGAAAUUGCCAGAUGGCGCCACCGAAUGAACGAAAAACGCAAUCGAAUACGGAAGCAUCGCCGAAACCUGCUACUAGAGGGCGCUCAAAAUGUUUCCACGCCUCUGCUUGAUGCCCAAACGCUGCGAAAUCGCAGAGAAUCUCUCGCGAAUCGACUUGACGGUACAUUCAGGCAGGAGCGCGAACACAAACGUUAUUGUUCGGCGCGCGAUCCUGCCGUACUCGCUUUCGAAGCGCCCACAGUGUUCGAAGGUAAAAUUAAAUCCAUGUCGCACAAUCGUCAAGGCCCGUAUUCCGUGACUUUUGAAUGUGUUCACGUGCAUAAGCAACCGGCGGGCUUUGUGAUUCCGCCCAAGGUUCGGCUACGCUUCGAAACGACGGAAAAUCGCACAGAAUGCGACAUCUAUCGGCAGGAAUUCAAACAACGAGGUCCCAUUCGUGGCGAUAUACUGGAACAGGGAAAGCUGUACUUUUUGUUCGUGAAACAAAUCGACGUGGGAAAUUUUACGAUCUUGGGACAGCCGAUACGGAAAACCAAGAAAACUGAAAAGGAGGUGCGACUUGGGGCGAGUAGUAAUUAUGGUCAACGCGCCUCAAUUUCCUCCCUCAGCACAAAUGUGACAGUUAAGGAGGGCAAACGAAUACGACUGGUGUGUCGCGUGAAUGGGCAACCGCCGCCAAAGGUCACGUGGUUCAAAGAUGACAAGAGUCUCAGUAGGUUAAGGAAAGCGGGAGUCAGGGGACGCCGAGAGGGAAUCAAACUGGAGCAAUUUAAGACCAGAUCUAGACUUAUUAUAGAAGCGGCUUCACUUAGUGACGCUGGCAAAUACGAAUGUAGAGCUAAGAAUAAAGUCGAUAGAACUUUCAAAUCUGAAUUUACACAUGUUCGAGUAUUACCAAAUAGCACCACAACGACCUCAACAACAACAAAAUCCACUACAACCGAGGGUCAACCAUGCCCAAAAGACUACGAAAUCGAGUUGUGCCUAAAUGGCGGUGAAUGUAUCUUCUUCCCCAGCAUUGAUGAGAAAUCUUGUUCUUGCGCCGAAGGUUUCAGCGGAGAACGUUGCCAGAACAAAGACCCCGGAUCACAUCAAGCGAGACAGGGACUGCUAAAAGAACAAACUUGGGAUUUCUUCAAAAAUUUUUCGUACGUAGAACGAUUUUAAGUCAUUUUGGAAGUGAUCUCUCCAAUAAAUAUUUACAAAAAACACAAAAAUCAAUACAAAAAAAUGUCGAAAGUCACUUC